AUGUACCGUGGCUUCAGCCUGGAGCAGGAGAUGGAACGGGGGAUUAUUACCUAUAACAACGUUCUAUUUCAUGAGUCAAAUAACAUAAUUGUGACAAAAGUAACAGAAGUGUGGGAGAGCCAUGCUUCGGCACGAAUGGGUCGGCUCGGCCGGAAUGAUACCACGGCCUCACAGAAAACUGGCGUGAAACAACCACAACGUUGUGUUUCGCCGUCUCAUGGGUUUUUCGACAUUAGAGAUGUGACUUCAGAUGUGAUGACUACGCUGCCGAAAGACUUCUCAAUUGCUGUAAAGGAUAUUGCUGAAGCAUUGCCUUCGAAGAGCAUUACCAUUGUCAGAGGGAACUCGACUAAUAUCAGGUCACAGGACGUAUUUGAACUGUUAUGUAUGCUCAGUGAACACAAUGUUCUGACUACGAAUCUGGACAUAGCAACAAAGGAAAACAAACAAAAGUAUUACGAGUUACUGAAAAAGGCUUUAGACGUGUCAGAUCAACGGACCAGUCUUAUACUCUGCGAGCCUUACGAAUGCGAGAACAUUCUUUUUGAGUUGACAGAUAACAACCUGAUACACAGCAUGAUCCUGUAUAUCUUCUACUGGUCUUAUGGACCGGUUAGUGAGACGUUUCUGAUGACUAUCAAGGAAGCCAUGAGGGUUGCAGUCCUUACCAAUCCUAGGGAGAGUGUGUUCCGUAUCUACUACAACCAAGGCACUUCAAAUCGUUUGAACCACUUGACCCUCGUGAACUGGUGGUCAGGUCGUCUGUACAAGUCUCCUGUACUUCCACCGCCUGAUAAAGUCUACCAUGACUUUAAGGGAAGAGUCUUUGAAGUUCCAGUCUUACACGCACCGCCAUGGCACUUUGUGAAGUACAACAACGACAAUACGAUUACCGUUACUGGAGGACGCGAUGACAAACUGCUUGCGUUAAUUGCGAAGAAACUGAACUUCAAGUAUAAGUACUACGAUCCACCAGACAGAAGCCAAGGGUCAAGUAUUUCUGGCAACGGAACUUUCAAGGGCACGCUCGGCUUGAUUUGGAAACGUAAAGCUGAUUUCUUCCUCGGCGAUGUAACAAUGACAUGGGAACGUCUGCAAGCAGUGGAAUUCUCCUUCAUGACCCUGGCCGACUCGGGGGCUUUUCUGACUCAUGCUCCAGCCAAACUGAGUGAAACCCUGGCCAUCAUUAGGCCAUUUCAGUGGGAGGUAUGGCCACUGGUGUUUGCAACGCUGCUAGUGACUGGACCAGCGCUGUGGAUAGUCAUCGCCGCUCAAUCGUUGUGGCAGAAACGUAAAUGUGACCAGCUCUCACUGUUCAGCACCUGCUGCUGGUUCACCACCACUCUGUUUUUGAGACAAUCAUCCAGUAAGGAGCCGUCUAGCACUCACAAGGCCCGUCUCGUAUCAGUUCUAAUCUCUCUCGGAGCGACCUACGUCAUAGGAGACAUGUACUCCGCAAACCUCACCAGUUUAAUAGCAAAGCCUUCAAGGGAACGACCCAUAGGAACCUUGGCAGCAUUAGAGGAAGCAAUGAGGGACUAUGGAUACGAGCUAGUGGUGGAAAGUCAUAGCUCUUCCUUAGCUAUUCUUGAAAACGGUACAGGUGUAUAUGGACGUCUUGCGAAUCUGAUGCGUCGUCAACGAGUUCAGCGCGUGCGCAACGUUGAAGUGGGCGUACGGCUUGUGCUCUCACAUAAACGAGUUGCUGUAUUGGGCGGGAGAGAAACUCUGUACUACGAUACUGAGAGAUUUGGUUCCCAUAACUUUCACUUGAGUGAAAAGCUAUACACACGGUAUUCAGCGAUAGCUUUACAAAUCGGAUGCCCGUAUUUGGAAACCGUUAACAAUGUGGUCAUGACGCUAUUUGAGGCGGGUAUUAUUGCGAAGAUGACUACAGAUGAGUACAAGAAUCUUCCAGAACAUGCUAGAAGGUCGGAUCCGGUGACAGAAAGUGAUAAACAAGGCGGUGAAGUAAUGGGAGAAUCUGCUACUGCUUCAUCGCAAACUCCACAAGGAGAAUCGACAAAAGGUCUGCAGCCAGUGUCUUUGAGGAUGCUCAGAGGCGCGUUCUGUUUGCUCGGCAUAGGACAUCUAUUGGCAGCGAUAUCAUUGGCAGUAGAAAUUCAACUUCAUCGUCGAUCAAAGCGCCGUCGGAAACCAGCACAGAAUGAGCACAGAAAAGCACAGAAACUACUAAUGCUAGGCAAGUCUGUGAUGUUGUUCAAACGAGGCUGCAAGAAGGUCUGUACCAGCGUGUUUACAAGUAUUGAUAAAGCACUAGGCUCCGAUGUUAAGGAUUAA